UCGUGCGGUGGCCCUGGCGACCAAAUCCAGCAGCUUGAUUGGCUAAAAUCACAUGACUCUGUUAAUCGCGAGUGUAUUUCCGCGUCCACAAGAGGGCUUUAGCUCUCUCUCCAGCGGCUUUGAAUAAAAUCCUGAAUCGGAGGAGGUAUUUUUUUCAUCCAUCGCGCUGUCGUCGAAACGUGUCGCCGAGCUGGGGGGAAAUUCGGGAAAGGGGAGCCGCGCUGGCGCACCGCACAGCACUGACCCACGACGCGGCACGAACAUGCUCACUCGGGUUAAAUCUGCGGUGGCCAAUUUCAUGGGAGGCGUUGUGGCUGGUGGCGCCGAAGGUGACUCUUCCGGAUCAGAACUGCCGCUGAAAUUCCCCUACACGAGACCUGAGUUCCUAGGACUGACCCAGGAUGAAAUCGAAUGCUCCGCAGAUCACAUAGGGCGGCCGAUUCUCAUCCUCAAAGAGACGAAGAGAUUGCCGUGGGCCACUGGGUACGCAGAGGUGAUAAACGCAGGUAAGAGUUCCCUGAAUGAGGACCAGGCGUGUUGUGAGGUGGUGGUGGUGAGAAAGAGACCAGGAGACUCCACCACCCCCAUUAAGACCCCCACCGCCAAGAGAAGAUCCUCGCUGCCCAACGGAGAAGGCCUGGGGUUGAAGGAGAACAGCGCUGACUCAGAGAGUCUGGUAUUCUACUACUGGGCAUUGUUCGACGGCCACGCCGGCUCCGGGGCUGCAGUAGCGGCCUCCAAGCUCCUCCAACACCACAUCGUUGAGCAUCUCCAGUCUGUCCUCGAGGUCCUAAGGAACCAUGCCGUUUUACCGCCCACCAUCUUCGGUGAAGAGUCCAACCACCACAUGACCCCCGGGAUCCACCGGGCCACCCUGACCCGGGCCGCGUCACUCCGUGGAGCCACUGGCGCCCCCAGCACCCCCUGCACCCCUCCACCACAGAGGUUCUUCACAGAGAAGAAGAUCCAGCACGAUAGCCUGGUGAUGGGAGCCAUGGAGAACGCCUUCAAGGAGAUGGAUGCCCAGAUAGAGAGGGAGAAGCAGGUGUAUAAUAUCACUGGAGGAUGCACAGCACUGUGUGUUGUUUAUCUGCUUGGAAAGCUAUAUGUGGGAAACGCGGGAGACAGCAGGGCGAUCAUUAUAAGGGACGGGAAGGUCAUACCCAUGUCCACAGAGUUCACUCCAGAGUCAGAGAGACAACGGCUACAGUUCCUGGGCUUCAUGCAGCCUCACCUAUUGGGAGGAGAGUUCACCCAUCUGGAGUUCCCCAGGAGAGUACAGAGGAAGGAGGUGGGCAAGAGGAUGCUCUACAGAGACUUCACAAUGAAUGGAUGGGCGUAUAAAACCAUAGAAGAUGAGGACCUAAGGUUCCCACUGGUCUACGGCGAAGGGAAAAAGGCCAGAGUAAUGGCCACUAUAGGAGUGACCAGAGGCCUUGGUGACCAUGAUCUUAAAGUCCACGAUUCCAACAUCUACAUCAAGCCUUUCCUGUCCUGCUGUCCAGAGGUGACGGUGUACAACCUAAACCAAUACGAGCACGGUGCUGACGACGUCCUGGUGAUGGGAACAGAUGGCCUUUGGGACGUCCUGUCCAACAAGGAAGUCAAUGAAUCGGUCUCCACCUUCUUGGCCAACUGUGACCCCGACGACUUAUACAGGUACACGAUGGCUGCUCAGGAUCUGGUGAUGAGAGCGCGAGGAGUACUGAAGGACCGAGGCUGGCGGAUCACUAAUGAACGGCUGGGAUCUGGAGACGACAUCUCCUGUUACAUCAUCCCUCUGAUGUACGGAAACCGCCAGCCCUAGAACCACCUACAGGCCAUGAUUGGAGCAGACUCCCAUCUCUAUGGCAGGCUCCCUCCUCAACCAGCAGUACUGUACUCCUCUCUUUUUGACUCUCUCUGUGUAUCACCCCCCUCUCAGUGCUGUACUAUAAGUGAUAUUCAAGAAACUAAUCCUUCAAGAUGUUACAAUGUUCCCUUCUUCCCUAAACGGGUAUGAGCUUCAGAUUGUGGUAUGUGACCUGAGAUCCCAGUCAUGUGAUGUUGGACUGUGCUGACCUGUGCAGCUUUGUUUCCUGCUUUGCCACAGUGUGGCUUCAGAGGAGUCACUUCCUGAAGUACAGUAUUUCUUUCAGACCUACCAAGGUUCAGUACAGACAGGUGUUUGUCUGGCAGAAAAUGGUUUCUACUAAAAUUAUUAUGUAUGUAGUUUUCUAAAACAUGUCACUCAUCUCAACUGGAAAGGGAGGCUGAACGUAGUGAAGAGCACAUUUUUUGACUUGACGUAGCCUAUGUAAUGAAGAUAGAUUCUGUAUCCCUCACCGUAAUCUGACUGAGCAAGGUGCAAUAGUUUUACUAUGGUACUGUUUCUGUAUGACUUGAUCUCGUUUUUCCUCAUUGGUGUAAAAAUGGUCAUAGUCAUUAAAAAAACAAUAAGUUAAGAGUUCUAUCUUAUGUAUUCAUAGACCAAGACCCAAGUUCUGUUACAAAUCGUAUGAUGUAGCUGUAUAUUUAUUUCUGUUAGAUCAUUAUUUUAGGCUGAUAAUGUUCAAUAUGUUUAUUUGCAUGUAAUGCUGCUUGCUUUGGGAAAUAGUUUUAGUAGUUCAGACUGAACCCAAAGAAAAGAGAUCUCUUUGCUGAAGGAUGUUUUUAGGUGUCAUAUACUCAAUGGAUUAUUAAGUAUGUUGGCCUACACCAUUGCCACUUCAGUUUGUGCCAUUCUAUGCGUCUUUUACUUUUCAAUAUUGUAAGAGGAUUUAUUUAUACUGACUGAUCUAUUGUCACACUUGAUCCUUCAAUUCAGUGUCAGUAAUCCACAUAUGUCAUACGGCACCAUUGUUUUAUUCUUUUCAUACAUACCAUGAUAAAACAUACGAAUUGAUGUAAACAUACUAUAUCAUUUCCUACAUGUUACAUUACAUAUUUUGGUGACAUUGGUAGCUUUGAUGUAUUGUUGAGGGUGGCUGAAGUUUUCACAGAUGCCGUGCUCGAAGAUGCUUUCCUAACAUAAGAUACUCAGUUCUGGCUCUUGACUCUGCUAUCUACCAAUCAGUAGACCAUGUGCUACAUUUAGGGCUAUUUCCAAUCCUUAACCCGCAAUAACCGACAACUGCAUAGCAGGUUGUGUAUUUAUUUCGAUGAUUUUAGAGGUUUAACAUCGUUGGAGCUGUCAAAUCAGCAAGUGACUCCCGGCAUUAUACCUAUCGCAGACAUUGCCAUUGGAUGCACGAGUCGCAUUAGUAUAAAUCCCAUGCAGCCUUGUUGUUUCAAGCUGAAACAUUGGAAUGUGUGCUGUAAUCUACACCUCAAUUAGGCUGACAUCAAUCCUUAUUAAUUUGUUUAAUGAGUUUCAAUUUGAGUGUCACUUUCUAUAUAGCCUCCACUUUCUCAUUCUGAACUUCCAAUGCGGGUGGGUUUUAUAGACGGGUGUGCUUUGGUGACAAGAGCUGCUCCAAUGCAGUUACACCUCUGACAUCACCUAAAGAAAAGCAAGGAAAUUGCUGUGCAGUUGUCGGUCAUGGCAGGUUUACACUGAAACUGAUUGAAUAGGCCUGAAAGGUCUUGCACAGUCAAAAUCAUGUUAAUGAAAUUUGAUGAUAUUUGGGUGAAACCAGAUCAAAGUAGGAUGGCCAAAGUAUGAAAAAUGACUAUUGCUUCUACAUUGAUAAAAGUUUGAUCAUAUAGUUACUGGUCCAUUCCCCCAUUUGGAUUCAGGAGGCCGAUUAUUAAGGGCUUUUUGUGACAUCACAAAAUCCUCUCAUUUUAAUACACCAAUUUAAAUAGGUACCGCCUUGUAACCAAUAUCGCAGAGGGGAGUGGUUUAGGUAGUUAGUUUAGUGGUGCUAAAAUUUGACUGCAGCAUGUCUGCAAAUAUAAUGAGGUUUCCCCUAUUCAUCUAAGGCAAAUAUACUUAGGUUUGUACUUUCAUCUGUGUCUGGUGUUAGCUAGGAACUGGCUAGCUCGGUCUUCAGCCAGCAUGGAACAAAAGCGGGGGAAGGGUUGCCCAAAACUCAGAUACAGUUGUCAAGUACUUACACAUGUCAAACGGAGAUUCAUCUAAACUUCUUGACUAUCGUUAAUAGUCAUGAUAUAUGGACAUUGCAUGACUCACCGGACAGUUUUUUUUUUUAUAGGUACACUCAUUUAGUCCCGGGUCAGACCACCCUUUGCCUCCAGAACAGUUUGAAUUCCUUGUGGCAUGGAUUCCACAAGGUGUUGGAAAUGUUCCACGGGGAUGUUGGUCCAUGCUGACGCGACAGCACCACGCAGUUGCAGCAGAUUGGACUGCGGAACGUUUGGUACGUUCAUGCUGUGAACAGGUUUGGUCAGUGACAAUGUUCAGAUACGCUGUGGCGUUCAAUCAUUGCUCAAUUAGUAUCAAGGGACCUAGUGUGUGCCAGGAAAAAGAUUCCACACACCAGUACACCACCAGCCUGUACCGGUUGACACCAGGCAGGAUAGACCCAUUCUGCUUACGCCAACUCCUGACUCAACAGGAACUGGGAUUCCUCGGACCAGAGGAUGUUUUUCCACUCCUCAAUUGUCCAGUGUUGGUGAUGGCGUGCCCACUGGAGCCGCCGCUUCUUGUUUUUAGCUGAUAGGAGUGGAACCUGGUGAGUUGACGAGUUGUGCUUUCCGAGAUGCCGUUCUGCACGCUACUGUUGUACUGCGCCUUAUUUGUCUGUUUGUGGCCAUCAUGAUAGCUUGUACGAUUCUUGCCAUUCUCCUUUGACCUCUCUCAUCAACAAGCUGUUUUCACACACAGGACUGCCGCUGACUGGAUUUUUUUUUUUUUGCUGCGAAAUUCUCGGUAAACCCUAGACACUGUCGUUUGUGAAAAGCUCCGUAGGGCGUCCGUUUCUGUGAUACUGGAUCCGGUGCGCCUGGUACAGACGAUCAUACCACGCUCGAAGUUGCAUAGGUCACUUGUUGUGCUCAUUCUAACGUUCAAUUGAACAGAAACUUAAUGGCUCAAUGCCUGUCUGCCUACUUUAUAUAGCAAGCCACGGCCAUGUCACUCAGUGUCUGUGUCACCAUGUGCCAUUGCUUUGUGUAUCAGCAAAUUUACUUGAGAAUCUCACCGCAACACUGCGUCCAUGUUGCUUGACAUACAGUUGAAGUCGGAAGUUUACAUACACUUAGGUUGGAGUCAUUAAAACUUGUUUUUCAACCACUCCACAAAUUUCUUGUUAACAAACUAUAGUUUUGGCAAGUCGAUUAGGACAUCUACUUUGUGCAUGACACAAGUCAUUUUUCCAACAAAUAUUUACGACAGAUUAUUUCACUUAUAAUUCAAUGUGUCACAAUUCCAGUGGGUCAGACAUUCACAUACACUAAGUUGACUGUGCCUUAAACCACCUUGGAAAAUUCCAGAAAAUUAUGUCAUGGCUUUAGAAGCUUCUGAUAGGUUAAUUGACAUCAUUUGAGUCAAUUGGAGGUUUAUCUGAGGAUGUAUUUCAAGGUCUACCUUCAAACUCAGUGCCUCUUUGCUUGACAUCAUGGGAAAAUCAAAAGAAAUCAGCCAAGACCUCCGAUUUUUUUUUUUUUUUAGACCUCCACAAGUCUGGUACAUCCUUGGGAGCGAUUUCCAAACGCCUGAAGGUACCACGUUCAUUUGUACAAACAAUAGUACGCAAGUAUUAACACCAUGGGACCACGCAGCCGUCAUACCGCUUAGGAAGGAGACGCGUUCUGUCUCCUAGAGAUGAACAUACUUUGGUGCGAAAAGUGCAAACCAAUCCCAGAACAACAGCAACGAACCUUGUGGAGAUGCUGGAGGAAACAGGUACAAAAGUAUCUAUAUCCACAGUAAAACGAGUCCUAUAUCGACAUAACCUGAAAGCCCGCUCAGCAAGGAAGAAGCCACUGUUCCAAAACCGCCAUGAAAAAGCCAGACUACGGUUUGCAACUACACAUGGGGACAAAGAUCGUACUUUUUGGAGAAAUGUCCUCUGGUCUGAUGAAACAAAAAUAGAACUGUUUUGCCAUAAUGAGCAUCGUUAUGUUUGGAGGAAAAAGGGGGAUGCUUGCGAGCCGAAGAUCACCAUCCCAACCGUGAAGCAUGGGGGUGGCAGCAUCAUGUUGUGGGGGUGCUUUGCUGCAGGAAGGACUGGUGCACUUCACAAAAUAGAUGGCAUCCUGAGGCAGGGACAUUAUGUGGAUUUAUUGAAGCAACAUCUCCAAACAUCAGUCAGGAAGUUAAAGCUUGGUCGCAAAUUGGUCUUUCAAAUGGACAAUGACCCCAAGCAUACUUCUAAAGUUGUGGCAAAAUGGCUUAAGGACAACAAAGUCAAUGUAUUGGAGUGGCCAUCACAAAGCCCUGACCUCAAUCCAAUAGAACAUUUGUGGGCAGAACUGAAAAAGCUUGUGCGAGCAAGGAGGCCUACAAACCUGACUCAGUACACCAGCUCUGUCAGGAGGAAUGGGCCGAAAUUCACCCAACUUAUUGUGGGAAGCUUGUGGAAGGCUACCUGAAGCGUUUGACCCAGGUUAAACAAUUUAAAGGCAAUGCUACCAAAUACUAAUUGAGUGUAUGUAAACUUCUGACCGACUGGGAAUGUGAUGAAAGAAAUAAAAGCUGAAAUAAAUCCUUCUCUAAUAGUAUUCUGACAUUUCACAUUCUUAAAAUAAAGCGGUGAUCCUAACUAACCUAAGACAGGCAAUUUUUACUAGGAUUAAAUGUCAGGAAUUGUGAAAAUUUGAGUUUAAUGUAUUUGGCUAAGGUGUAUCUAAACUUCCGACUUCAACUGUAGGCUUUUUCCCAAGAACUGUCAGUAAAAGGUGAGCUGCCCACCCACUCAGCCUAUUAGGUCCCUGCCCACUCAGUGUGUCUUUUCAGGCUUCCUGGUUGUUUGACAUGAGAGAAAAAUGACUUUUACUCAGAUAUUGAGCAUUGUUAUUGUAAAAAUAUAUAUAUAUUGUGGGUGAUGUUUCAGUCACUCAAAAGGCUAUUUUACAUGGGAAUCAGAAUGAUUGUUCAGGACCUUAAAUCAUGUUUUGUAUUGUAACGGUUUUGACUAAUUGUUUGUAGGGGUGACCGAUCAUUUAUUUUGGUAAUAUAACCAAUGCAAAAGAACACAUUUGUUUUAAAGUUAUUUCCAAUGUUUUAUGGGUUUAUGAAAAGUGUAUGUCCAUACUGACUUUUACAUGAGUCCAUUGUAUUGGUGUAGACUUGAUGGACCAGAUGGGACACAUUACCUCUCAACCAAAAAGGAGAAAUCUAUAUUUUCUCUGGUAGGCACAACCUACCUGGCACCCCCACAAAAACAAUUAACCUCAAGUCAAAACCAUUACAAUACAAAACAUGAUUUAAAGUCCUGAACAAUCAUUCUGAUUCCUAUUUAAAAUAUCAUUUUGAGUGACUAAAACAUCAUCCACAAUAUAUCUUUUUUUCUGUAUGUUUUUGGGGGGUAUUUCUAGGAAUGGGGGUUUCAAAGAAAGUGAGGAAAUUGGAUAUGCAGUAUUGUAUUUAUUACCCCAAAGUGUCCAGAAGGCUGACUAACGUACUGUAAUAUAACUUACGUUGUAACCUAUUUAUGGAUUGUUCAUACUUAACUAUGUGGUAUGAAUUUAUAGUUAAUGUGUUAAGCCUUAACUACUUAACUACUAUAUGUGUGGACUAUUUGAUAUGAAGUAUUUGUUUAUGAAUUUGUACAUUUUCUAGAGUAGAACAACAAGUAAAACAGAAAGGGUAUGAAACGAAAAGUGCAUUUUGACAUUAUUACUCUGUAUCAGGAGAUAUAUUUAACCUAGCCUGGUAGCAGAUUUGUAUGUUUUUUUUAAUCAAACUCCUCUGUUAGUCUUUGUAUGCCAUAAACUGUUGCUUACACGGCAGUGGAGUUGGUUAUAAAGCACAAACUGGGCUGGUACCAGGCUAUAUUUGCCUCUCCUGUUGCUGUAUAUUUUAGUAGCCUACCAAUUGCUGUUGUUUUGUUCCAAAUCAUCCCGCAAACCCAAACUCAUCCAUGUGACUGAUAAUGAAAGGGAUUAGAAUUUAGGCCAUUCCCUGGUGAUGAGAAGAUUGAGGAAUGUCUUUGUGUAUUUCUCAGAACAAAUAAAGGAGAGUGGUGAAACGCUAUACAUUUUCAUGACAAUUUUUGACUAAUCUAAUUUCUUCUACACUAAUAAUAAUAUUUGUAAAUGUUUAUGGUAUGUAUUUAUGUGCAAUGACGACUUUGGGGAAAUGUUUUACCUUGUGUUUUUUUUCAGAGAAUAAAAACAAUAAAAUUAAAUGUAUGUGAACACUUGAA